AUGAGUGAGUGUGUUGGUGAAUUAACAUGUUGUCUUUGUCCAUUGUUUGCUGGUUUGAUUGCCACACAAACAGAUGAUAGAAAAUGGGCAUUAUGGUUUGGAUUGAUAUUACAAUGUGUUGGAAUUGUGUUAUGCAUCAUUACACAAGCCAUAACCAUCAUUCUUGAACGAUUUGACAAACAAAAAGAAAGUGAUGAAAUUGAAUUAGGUAAUAAUGAAUAUCAAGAACCUACUCCAAUUGAAGAUGUAGAUGUUGAUACUAAUUUAGUUCAUCAAAUUGAAAUAGAAGAUGGAAAUGUUUCUGAGUCUUCAGAACUAGACAAAGAAGAAGAUACUGAUGAAAAGAGUCCUGAAGAAAAUGAAAAUGUUCAACCCACUGGUACUCCAGAACAAAAACCUUCUAACGAAUAA